AUGUCUGACUUCACACAACUCGUGGCCGACUGCAAUGUGCCAGCAGCUGUCUCCUCUUUGCUUUCAGCGUUCGACGUUGCUUUGUUUGCCCGGUCCUGCACCACUUCGGCAGAGCUUGAAGAGUUGGUGAACCACUUUGUGGCGGAAGCCUCAGUUACUGACGCCGCUGAGCGCUUUAUCACCAAAGCUUCGCUUCGCUUGCUCUUUUGCAAAUGCCGAACUUCAGAGGGCAUGGCAUCCUUGGAAGCCGCUCCCACUCCCACCAGACCGCUUGGUGACGGGCCUUCAGCGGCUACCCCGGCUCCCCCGGCCACGCCUCCGCUUUCCAGCUCCUGGCAAGAGGCUUGGCCCGCGAAGCUGAGUGGGGAGCGAACCGCUGCGCUUAGGAAAAGGUUCGAGGAGGACUAUACCCCACUGAACUUCUUGACGCCGAGAGCUUUCCAAGAGGUGCGAUGGAUUCCCUGGAAGUAUCGCUUAAGCGCUCGUGCUCAAGAAGACAGUCUCCUCGUUCGACCCAGGAAACAGGCCCGCUUUGACCUAACAGAGCUUUUUCUGGACGAGGCGCCUACACGUGACAUACAUGAAGGCCCCGCUUCCUUUGGCCUUGUCACUCAGCUUCUGUCACUGGCUGCCAACGCCAUUGCGCUCUGUCAAGGUGCACAUCUGGGCUCUCUGAAGCUUUAUAAUAAACGCUUCAUGAGGAUCUGCUUCACCAAGUACGAUGCCGCCGCCAGCUUACGCGGUCCCACUACCAUGGAAGCCCAGGCCGCUGACCGCCGCUGUUGGGAAAUCAUCGCCGACUUAGUCAACGUGCACCACUGGAAGUUGGACGAUGCACUUCACGAAGUGGCCGAGGUGCGCUCCGACAUGCACAGCCUGCUUGCACCGAGGCCCUUUAUCCCCAAACCGAAGUUCGACCUGGACAACAGUUGGAAGGCCCGCUUCACAGGCAACGGUGGCAAGGGCAAAGACAACAAGCAAGCCACCCCCCCCGGCAAAUGGCUCUCCACCCUCUUCAUGGAUGGCAAACGUCAGACGCUCUGCAUGAGGUACCAGAGUGGGCAGUGCAAGGACCUGGCCACAUGCCGCUACUUGCACAGAUGCGCAGAAACCCACUUCAGCGAGCUGCGGGACAUCGCUGAGGAGGUCACGACCGUCCCGCUUAGUGUGCCGGCACAACCGUCAGGCUCAGCAGGGGCCACUUCGGCACUGCCCAAGGCACGUGCCCCGGUCUCCGAUGCAGCAUCUGCACUCAGUGAAGGCUCUCUCGACUUCGCUACUUGCUUGGAGCUUCUAGCGCAGUACUUUUCCAUUCCCUUCGCUUCUUCUUCUCACUGCCCUGACAAUGCCAUUGCAGCCUCUGAAGCAUAUUUCAAUUUGGGGGCUUUCGCUUUUAAUAAUGGCUCCAGGUCGGGCAUCUUUCAGCGUACCGAGCAAUUUUCAGACGUUCUUCGAUUCUUGAACGCCUUUAUGCAGCUUCAGUUCCCCGAAGCCUCCUGGAGCUCCCUCUGCGUCAGCCACAACGUUCGCACCCGCUUACACACAGCGGCUUCUCAGGUACCGGCCCCCUUGGAUGCUUCAUCCGAGGCGCACAGUGCAGCUGAACCGGGUACAGGCGAGGUGCGUGACACGUGGCACGCGCCGCUCUCCUUCACCUGUGAAUCACUUCAUUGUACGCUUCCGAUACAAGGAGACCGGUGGGUAUUGACUGCCUAUACUUGCAGGAGCCUAGACCGCUUUGAUGCAACGUCACUGGCACACCUGAGGUCUCUGGGCUUCCCGCUCCCGCCGGCAACCCCAGGCCACCCGCAGUCAAUACCUCCCUCGCUCAAGGGCACGACAUGCGUGGAGAUCUUCCUGGACAUAUGCUGUGGGGCCGCUCACCCACUUACCACGGCGAUGUCUUCAUGCGGCAUCACUUGUCUGCCCAUAGAUCUACUUGGCGAGGAGCAACUCGACCUGCUCAGCGACGACACCUACGACCACUUGCUUCGACUGUGUUUUGCUGGGAUUGUCCGCUUAGCUCACGGAUCGCCGCCCUGCAAGGAGUAUUCCCGCUUGAAGCUUCGUCCAGGUGGACCUCCAGCCAUUCGAUCGCCGGAUCACAUGAACGGUCUGCCAGGGAACACCGCCUCUCAGCAAGCUAGAGUACACAGCAGCCAAAAGCUUCUAUAUCGUUGCGUAUGCCUUCUGAGAGCAGCUUUCUGUUCAGGCGCACAUGUGUCCCUGGAACAACCCACUAAUGCUAUGUCCUGGCUUGAGCCUUUCGUUCAGGACAUGCUUUCUGAAAUACAGGCCUCUCUGGUCAACAUCCCGGCAUGUUCAGUGGGACAGGAUAUAGCAAAAUCGUGGCUUUUCGCUUGCAGUUACAAUGAAUUCCGCUUUCUGGCAAGCACAUGUUCGCAUGCAGGAGGCCACCAGUCCGUCGCAGGAGCCAGGGACGAACACGGUAACUUUUUGUCCCAGAGGACGGCGGAGUACCCGUCCCAGCUUGCCGAGAAAUUCUCAGCGAAGGCAGUGCACUUAUUUUCUUCAGCAAGACCUGCUUAUUCGGUUGCGCCCUGCUCCUUGAAGUUCGCACUGUCCUCAAUUCCCAAAAAGCCGCGUUCAUCAACGCCUACAGCCGCGCAGGACGGCGGGGGCAUCUACUCUUUGCCCGACUGGUCCCUUGGCCCAAGGUACCAGUCCGACAGCUUACACGACCUGCGGAAGGAAUGGCAAUCUUGGCUGCUUCAGAACAGAAUUCCUCUCAGGCUCCAGCAACACAUUGCCGAAGCCAGCAAUAAACCUCUUUUCUCAGAGGAAGAAACGGAGUGGCUUCGCUCUUCUUUCAAGCGCUUUUCGGACGCUCACUCACCGUGCCAGGACUGGAACUUCUCGGUGACGGAAGGCCAGCCCUACUGCUUGUCUGCACUGGAGCGCUUGAGUACUAUGCUGGGUGACAAGGACACUUCCCUUUUCCCCGCUUUACAGAAGGGCGUCUGCUUCAGUGGAUUCUGCAUGGUCUUCCUGCUUUACGCCCCUGGCUAUGCACUCUUUAUGAUGACAUGCAUAGACCACUUGGCACCAAUGUCAGCAUCAGCCCAGUUGUUUGGCCAGGCAUCCAUUCUUACCUGGACGACAAGCUCCGCUUCACAGGACGACCUGGCUCUAGUCCCCGUAAGCGCAAAGCGCAUGUGGCUCCGAAUUACGGACCCCCCUUCCUCCAAGCGGCGCUUAUCUCAGUCCAGCAGAGAAACCCUUGCUUUCUUUGCCCACUUGAGCUCCAGGGACUGGCGGCCCAGGCCACUCCGACCACCACCUACCAGUACGGUGGAGUCGGCCGCCGACGCCUUCGGCAAGGGCAAUGAUUGUGGCGUGGGAGGAUGGCUCCUCCUCCCUGGUGGACGCCUGCUUUGGUUUGCUCACCGCUACACGGUCAAAGACUUCCUGGACUUAGGUCUGCCCAUGCAAGCAGACGCCAACCUGGACAUCUCCAGCUACGAGACAUUGGCACAGUGCUUUGUGCUUCUGGCCUUUUGGAAAGCCCAUGGUUCCGGUCGCUUGGCUUUGACAUUACCAGCUUUGAGCGAUAAUAGCGGCGCAGAGUCAGUGUGUAAUAAGCUUUACACCUCUAAAGUACCACUUAAUCUUUUCGUUCGCAAGCUUUCGAUGUGGAGCUCGAUUACCGGUGUCGCUUUGGACUGCAGCCAUAUAGCUGGCGAGAAGAACGAUGACGCAGACCUGCUUUCUCGGUGGGAUGGCUCCGCGGAACUCCCUGCCAAGUUUCUGGCCUCGAACCGCAUCGAGCUCUCACUUUCUGAGUUCUGGCAGAUCCGCUUUCAAGUGAAGCUUUUUCCCGCUGACACAUUUUUGAAAUGGCAGCUUCCGUCAGCCGACAGCUUGGGCCCGACAAACCGCGGUUCAAGGAAGCGCAAAUAG